AUGGGGGAGAAGAACCAAACUUCUGUGGUGGAAUUUGUCUUCCUGGGCCUCUCACAAGAUCCAAACACACAAUUUCUCCUCUUCUUCGUGUUUCUGGCCAUCUACCUGCUGACUGUGCUGGGAAACCUGCUGAUGGUCGUGCUUAUCCACACAGAUUCCAGACUCCACACACCCAUGUACUUUUUCCUUAGAAACCUUUCCUUUGCUGAUCUCUGUUUUUCUACCACCACUGUGCCCCAAGUGCUUGUACACUUUCUGGUGAAGAGGAAAACCAUUUCCUUUGUUGGAUGCUCAACACAGAUAGUAGUUUUACUCCUGGCUGGGUGUACAGAGUGUGCUCUUCUGGCAGUGAUGUCGUAUGACAGGUAUGUGGCUGUGUGUAAGCCAUUGCACUACUCCACUAUCAUGACACGUGAGGUCUGUGUACAGCUGGCUGUAGGGUCCUGGGCCAGUGGAGCCUUUGUGUCCCUGGUGGACACCACAUUCACUUUGCAUCUUCCUUACCGAGGCAACAAUAUCAUUAACCAUUUUUUCUGUGAGCCUCCUGCCCUUUUGAAGCUGGCUUCCGCAGACACUUACACAACAGAGAUGGCCAUCUUUGCAAUGGGUGUGGUAAUUCUCCUGGCUCCUGUCUCUCUCAUCCUGAUCUCUUACUGGAAUAUCAUCAACACUGUGGUCCAGAUGCAGUCUGCAGAGGGAAGGCUCAAGGUCUUUUCUACAUGUGGUUCCCAUCUCAUUGUUGUUAUUCUCUUCUAUGGCUCAGCAAUAUUUGCCUACAUGAGGCCUAACUCCAAGAUAAUGAAUGAAAGAGAUAAAAUGAUCUCUGUGUUCUACUCAGCAGUGACACCCAUGUUGAACCCUAUCAUUUACAGCCUGAGGAACAAGGAUGUCAAAGCAGCUCUCAAAAGAGUUACUGAAACAUAA